UUGCUGUCACUCAUCUAGCACCAGAUUCUCUUGCUCGGACGGGGUGGUAGGGGGCUUCCACGCGCGAUCUUUGCCCGGGAGAGAUCCAGCGGCUUUCUGGGUAUUUUCUUUUUGCGAAGAUGGCGGUAGAUCUCUCUGACUGGGAGGUAUCUCUAGAACUCUUGGAGGUGGAUGAGAAGCCGGCGGUUCCUCUUUCGGUCAACUACGGGUCGGUGGAGAUCGACGAGCUGGGCAAAGUCCUCACUCCCACCCAGGUAAUCCACUCCCGCCACAAUCCCUUCGCGUGCAAAGAAAUUGCAGCCCCCCCCCCCAAGAUGCAAGACGCUUCCCCAACCUUUUGCACAAUGGCUACAAUUGGCCGGCCUUCCCCCUUCAACGCGAAAAGCGGCGCCUGCUUUGUUUUUUGCAUGCGUUCGUCUCUCCUUGGGUCGAGAUCACCAAAGAAAACGUCUGCUAGGUGCGCAGUAGGACCUUUCCCCUUUUGCAGAAAAUAAAAUAUAUCCUGCGUUUGCAACCACGAGAGGAAGCAAGGCCCGCGCGUGGUUCAUGGCCUCCCUCGUCUAGCGCUGGUGAUCCGCUGCAAGCAGAUAAAAAUUAAGAAUUAAAAGCGCCAUGCUUUCGAAAAGGCGCAGGGCGCUUUUUGCCUCCACGCAGGAAUAUGUGCACUUGAGGAUGAGGGCAAAGGAAUCCCAAUUGGAAGGGUCUGUGUGCGUCAGUUCUGGAAUUUAUUUUAAGACAGUGAGAUUUUUUUAAUUUGCCAUCCAUCUGUUCGCUGCUUCAGAGAGAGAUUCCUUUAGAAUAGACAGGACGAUAAGAUUUGGGGGUGUUUUUUUUCCCAGAGGGGCGGAGGGUUUGUGUCAAAAAUGCAACCGUUGAGAAUAUGGCAUCUGCCUGAAAUAGGACGAGGCGGGAGGCUGGGACUUGCAAGCGGCCUGCCCAGGUCUGGCCUGCCCCGCCUCCUCCGAUGCCAGGCUGCUGCCGGAGCCCCUGGAGCGCGUGCCGGGACUGGCGUGCAGCAAAGGGGGAGGAGCGCGCGGGCGCCCGGAGCAGAGCAAUGCCUGCCCGCCGCCCUUUGUACCCUCCGGGAGAGGCGUCACCGGCAACGUGAGCGGUGCGGAGCUGCUGCUGCUUGCGGCUAAGUUCAAAUCCCUCCUAUCUUCUGGUGGGGCUGGGACAGCACCCUGCCUGCAACCCUAGAGAACAGCUGCCGGUCAGUGCAGGCAAGCUUGAGAAAGAUGGGCUCAUGGCCAGACUCUGUAUAAGGCAGCUUCUGAUGUUGUUGUUUAAAAAAAUAAUUAAUGCUUUGUUAAUUUUACAAAGAAAAACAACUGACAAAAACAAUCCGAAAUCGAUACAUAUUCCCAAGAAAAAAAAUUAGAUUCACACGUAACAGAUUCCAUUAUGACUUCUGAUCACCCCAAUGUGGUUCCUAAGUUACAUUUUCAACUACGCACUUUCCAUUUUAUCCCCCAAAUUGUCUCAACUGUAUUGGUUUUGUAAAAUUUCCUACUGUCAUGCAGGGGUCAGUCCAAACCUGCCAAAGAAUUUAAAUUUUUACAGUGUAUACUCUGUAAGUAUCCCACCAGGACUGGUAUUUUCUGACAGCAAACAUAGGAAGCUGAAGAAGAAGGAGGAAGGCAGCUUCCUAUGUUUGCUGUCAAAAAACACCAGUCCCAGUGGUGCACUUGUGAAUGAACACAUAUUCAGUGACAGGUGGGCUGUCUCUGAGUUCCCCUAGAUAAAAUCCAGCCUUAACUCUUCCUCUUUCCCUGUGGGAACACGUGAUCUUCUGAAUCCUAUCAACCCCAGCUGACUCCUGUCAGUCCAAUGACAGGAUUGCAGCUCUUAACAACUUCUGGAGGGCUGCAGGAUCUGCAUCCCUAAAGUAAGUGAAUCGCAACUGCAGGCCUGUGCUUGGUGCCCCUGCAGGGAAAUGGGUGUGCUAUUUUUGUCAAUCCCCCCCAUAAAAGCUGAACAAUUCUGGGCUAUCCCCCCCAACAAAAGCUCAGCAACUCUGGGCAGUCCUCCCCAAGAAAAGCUUAACAACUGUGGGCAACCCCACCCCAAAAAAACAGCUUAACAACCCUGGGCAGUCUCUCCCCAUUUUCUUAAUUUGGAAUCCCCAAAAAUAGGGGUCGUCCGCUGUGCGUGUUAUACACUGGAAAAUACAGUAACUGUCCCGUGUGGAAUUCUGGGAGUUGUAGUUUGUUAAAGGUGCUGAGAGUUGUUAGGAGGCCCCUCCCAGUUCUCAGAGUUCCCUGUGAAGAGCAUUUGAUGGUUAAAUCACUGGGAACUGUAGCUCUGGGAGCAGAAUAGGGGCCUCCUAAAAAUUCUCAGCAUCCCUACCAGUACAGUUCCCUGAAUUUAGGUGGGGGGGAGCCAUUGCUUUUGGAGUCACAACGCUUUAAAGGUAUUGUGUGACUUUGGUUAAGGCAUGGUUUCAUUGGCUGGAUGAUGGUGAAUGUGUUGUCUUUGUUUUUAUAUUUUUGAAUAGCUUCUAAAGGUCUUGCCGUUUUGUUUCUGGCAGGUCAAGAAUCGCCCGACGAAGAUUGACUGGGAGAACUGCAGUGCAGAAAAGCUCUACACUUUGGUCCUUACUGACCCUGAUGCACCGAGCAGGAAAAACCCAAAGUUCAGGUGAGAGGGGCAGGCUGUGAGAUCCAGAAUGUCCAUGCUGGAUUUGAUCCAGAAGGCAAGCCAGGAUUUGCAGAAAAGAAGUGUGGUGUUUUUUUAAUAAUAUAUAAAGAUUUCUUACCUUUCAAGGUCAAAUGAGGCAAUUGAUAGGUGAUCUGGAAGUUGCAGGGGGCCUUCCCUUGGAGGUAAGGGAAAAGCAGACCUCACCUCUAUAGUAGACAAAUCCCAGCACUUGUUCCUGAAUGCAGAAAUGUCUGUGGCUGCGCUGCAAAAUUUGAACCAUCCGUUUCAAUGCCUGACAAAGGCCUUUUAUUUAUAUUUUGUAUAUAAAAACAAUGCCACUAUUCAUAAAAAUGAGUGGUUUACAUCCAUUAUACAUAAAAACAAAGCAAUAAAGACUAUUUUUAAAAACUAAAAUUGGAAAUGGGUUAACUAUUAGAUGUCUGCUUGAUGGCCUGCAUAAGCCUGACGUAAUAGAAAAGUUUCUAGCGGGCAUCUAAAAGUGGAAACAGAAGGUUCCUGCUGUAUCUCUUGGCAGAGAGUUCCACAGGCCUGGGCUGAUGGCAGUAAAGGCUUGAUUGCUUGCCGUCAGAAAGAGCCUCAUCAGCAUCUGGCAGCACCUAUAUAAGACUAGGUCUAAGAAUAGGAACUCCCUGCCUAUUGACAUCAAGCAGGCAACCUUCACUGCCCUCUUUUUGGCUCCUGCUAAAAACGUUCUUGUUGAGACAACUCCACUCAGAUGCUUCGAAAGUUGAGCUAAUUUUAAUCUCUUUAGUAUUUUUACUUUUGUAUGUUUUAAAGUAUGUUUGUGAUUUUUUCCCCUCUCGGUUUUAUUUUAGGUUUUUACUAAACUGCUUUGAGGAUCUUAAUUUUUUAGUGUUCCUGCAAGAUUUACUUUGGGGAAACUGGGGCAGGUGCUCUCUCUCUCUCUCUCUCUCUCUCUCUAGGGAGUGGCACCACUUCCUAGUGGUCAAUAUGAAAGGCAAUGACAUCAGCAGCGGCACCGUCUUGUCAGACUACGUGGGAUCUGGACCACCUAAAGGAACAGGUAAGCAAGCAGUAAUACUGGCCCUAUUGCUUUAAGGCAAGGUCUGUUGCGUGUCUUGACUCAGCUUGCACUUUGGGGGGGGCUAGCAGACCCGUUGGAUCAGGGCAGGUUGGAAACGGCAGAAGAAAAGCUGCAAAGCUAAACAGUUCUGCUUCAGGAAUUUGCAUGGCUGAAAUAAGAGCAAAAGGACACAAGCUGCUAGUACUUUUCCGUAAAGUGUUGGUGCUGACCUUUAAAGCCCUAAACGGCCUCUGCCCUGUCACCCCCAUCAAUCAGCCUGAGACACUGAGGUCCAGCUCUGAAGGCCUUCUUGCUGUUCCCUCACUGCAAGAAGCAAAGAUACAGGGAACCAGGCAGAGGGCCUUCAGUAGCGGUGCCUGCCUUGUGGAAUGGACUCCCAGAAUGCAUUCUGUUCAAGAACCAAGGUACGACUGUAUUUUGUUACAAUAAAGCAACAAAAAUUAUUUGCAAAAUAAUAAAAUUAAAUCAGAAUCCUGUGCAUAUGUUACUGCCAUGUUCCCCCCCCCCCCCCCGAAAGGUUGGGCCACCACGCCCCUUGGUUUGAUACACUCAUCCACAGUGCCCCUUACCCUAUUAAAAAGCAUUAUUCAGAAUAGCGGUUUGCAUCACCCACUAAGGAAGAUAAUAAAAUUCAAAACAGUAACAAUGAGUUGCACUUUUCAUCAAAAUCCAAACGAUUUAGUUUUAUUCUGCAAAAUUAAUGGCCUUGAUCCAGUGAUACCAGCUUUUCAAAAUUUGAUAAACUAUUACACCUCCCAGCACCCUCCUGCCUCUCCUUGCCUCUAAGCACCCCGCCAGGUAAUCCCUCGGCCCCCUCAAGGAUGGCACCACCCACUUUGGGAUCCACUGUGUUACUGGAUGGUUGUGACUUGAGUGUGAUGGAGGGGAGGUUCGCGAUCGCUUCCUCCUGACGCAGGUGCGCAACCCUUGUUUUCUCUCUCGCACGCUGCAGGGCUCCAUCGCUACGUGUGGCUGGUCUACGAGCAAGCCCAGGAGCUGGAAUGCAACGAGCCCAUCCUCAGCAACCGGUCCGGGGAUAAACGGGGCAAUUUCAAAGUGGAAAGUUUCCGCAAGAAGUAUAAACUGGGGCCCCCCGUGGCAGGAACAUGCUACCAGGCCGAGUGGGACAACUAUGUGCCGUUGCUCUACAAUCAGCUGUCUGGGAAAUAAAACCCCUCCUCUUCCAGCCCCCCACCCUCCCCCUGCUCGGAUCUCUUCUCCUAGAAUGGAGAUCUUCAGCCCUCUACAACUCCCAUCAUCCCUGACCAUAGGCUAACCUGGCUGGGGCUGAUACGAGUUGUAUUCCAAGAGGGGCACAAGAUGGAAGGAGGCUGUCUUUAGAACUUCCAUUUCCUGUAGUGUUAAGUAAAUUGGAUUGAAGACUAGUAAGUGAUACCCCCGCUCCAAGCUGCUCCUGAAACUCAAGCAGGGAUAGAUAGAUUCUGCAAGAUGAUUGGCCAUACUAGACAGUUUCUUGUGGGGGACAGUCGGAAGUGCAGUAAAUGAAUUUGUUACAACAACAAAGGAACUGUGGCAAAACAUCUCUCGUUUGUCGUCCUCCGCAAAAGUUUGUUUGUGUGUGUGGCAUUUUGGCUAUUUUUGGAGCGGCGUGGUGACAUUUUUUGGGGUGGAGGGAUGCACAGAUCUCACACUCCUCUAGAAUCCGCUUUGCUGCCAACCUAUAUAGAUUCUCACGUCCCUCAAAACAGCUCCCAUCACCUUAUAGCAUAAAGUCUGGGGGUUUAAACACUGUGGUCAGCAGCAUGGAGCUGCUGAUGAGUUUUCCACCCUGCUGUUGAAAUUUCCCUACACCGCCUUGAAAUGCAUAGGGGCAGUGUCUCCCCCCCCCCAAAAAAAACCGCUCUAGGCUUUCAAAUAUUCAUAAGCUCAGCCCAGCCCUGCUCCAAGGAGGUCUUUCCUGGGACUGUUGAGUUACUUAGCCCUGAAUUCCUUGCAAGCUAUGAAACUGGGAUUUCAAAGGGAGUGGGAUAACAUUAAGCAGGAAUUGCUGGCUGUCCAGUUUUUCUCGGGAAACAAAACCAUAAACGCCACUUUUCUGCUUAAAACCAAAAAUUGUUGCACUAAACCACAAAUGGGAGCCUUUUUUAUUUGCUUGUUGGAAGUGUUCUUUUUGAUUCUGUUGCUGCUCUCUUGCUCAGGACAAGUGCUGACAGCGAGGAGAAAGACCAGCAGCAGAGUCGGGGACUGAAAUGUGGGCCUUGGCCAUUGCCUGGCAGUGCCAACCCUGCGGCAGCUCCAUCAUUUGUGCUUAAGAUGCUGGAAGGUGCCUCUCCCUGGGCUUUGGUCCUCUGCUUAUAUCCUGGCUAUCUUUAGUUUCUCUUGGUUAUCUCCACAGGAUCCCAAUGUCCUCGUCAGCAGUCGAUUUUAGAAAUUUCUGCUUUCUUUUGUCCAUGAUGUGUUUUUGAUGAGGUUCACCCCACUGCCUUCGGUCUCAUUUUGCCAAUAUACCGGUAUCUAAUGUUGGAAAUGUUUCUCCUCUGCCCCCCCCCGCACCCCCCCCCAAAAUGUGUCACUUAAACCAAUGUGUAACAAGGCCUUUUGAUGUUCUUGGGAGAUCUUUGAAUGCUGCACACAUACAUUGUCACUUGCGUUUAUAGCCCUCUGUUGACAAGGGGCUGUGGUUUAUGCUUUGUUCUCGUUCUUUGAAUUAAAAGCUUAGAAUUGAA